GGAGCGCCCUGGGUCCGUCCUCGCCCCGCCCCCUACGCGUCCCGGCGCCCCGCCCCAGUGACGUCAACACGCACACGCCGCGCUGCCCGUGCGUCAUCGCCGCGCGCCGCCGCCAGGCUCGGGGCGCAGGCUGACCAUGGCGGAGGUGGGCCGGGCCGCGGUGCGCGACCCCAGCGCGCUGCUCCCGGGCGGCUUCUGGGCGGCGGUGGCCGUGUGGCUGGAGAGGCCGCAGGUGGCCAACAAGCGGCUGUGCGGCGUCCGCCUGGAGGCCCGGCGGAGCGCUGCCCUGCCCGGGACCGAGGCCCGCGGCCCCCGGCCCAGCGCAGAGCCCGGGCGGGAGGAGCCGGCCCCGGCGGGAUGCGGGUCCGAGGAGGGACCGGGACCCGGUCAGCGUUCCCCCGAGGGCGGCUCGAGCCCCCGGCCCGGCGCAGGCCCCGAGGAGCCCCAGGGAACCGAGGAGCUCCAGGACGGGGAGAGCGAGAGGGGAGCCGCCGCGGCAACGCCUCUGCUCGCAGGGGCCCCCGGACAGCCCGGGGAGGGCGCCGUCCCCGCCCCGGACCUGGAUUCUCUCUGGGACGGUUUCUCCCGGAGCCUCUCCGGCGACCACCGGGAGCUGCUGGCCUUCCUCGCAGGCCCAGGGCCCGGACUGCAGGCGGAGGCUCAGCACGAGCUCGACGUGGCGCUCAGGACCGUCAUCCCCAAGAGGAGCUGGCACUGCCCGCUCGCGGCUCCGCGGAGAGAGAUGGUGGCGCGGGAUGUCCUCGGGGGAACGGUCACAUUUCUACCUUUGGAAGAAGAUGGCCAAGGCAGUUUGAAGGUUCAGAUGAGCAACGUGUAUCAGAUUCAGCUCCGCCGUGGCCGUGAAGAAUGGUUCAUAUCUGUUUUGAUUUUCUGUCCAGAAAGAUGGCAGUCGGAUGGGACUGUGUAUCCCAAACCCACCUGGCUUGGGCGCGAGCUGCCGGCCAGGCUGGCCCGGUGGUCUGUGGCGAGCGGGAGCAGUGGCUUCAAAAGCACCCUGUCCCUCCUCCCCAUCCUCAAGUACAGCCACACCUACCAGGAGCUCAAAGACAAGUACAAGCACAUGGUCCAGGUGUGGCCUGAAGUGACUGAUCCUGAGAAGUUCGUGUAUGAAGACGUGGCUAUUGCUGCCUACCUGCUGGUCCUAUGGGAAGAAGAGCGAGCCGCGCUGGGCGUGACAGCUAAGCAGUCCUUUGUGGACCUGGGCUGCGGAAACGGCCUCCUGGCGCACAUCCUGAGCGAGGCGGGGCAUCCAGGCAGAGGGGUUGAUGUCCGAAGAAGGAAGAUCUGGGACGCGUAUGGGCCGCAGACGCGCUUAGAGGAAGCUGCCAUCACACCGAGUGACGAGACCCUCUUCCCUGACGCUGAUUGGCUAAUCGGGAACCACUCCGAUGAGCUGACCCCGUGGAUCCCUGUCAUCGCGGCCAGGUCCUCCUACCGCUGCCGUUUCUUUGUCCUCCCCUGCUGCUUCUUCGACUUUGUUGGAAGGUACCGCCGGCGGCAGAGUGAGAAGACGCAGUACCGGGAGUACCUGGAUUUCAUCCGGGAGGUGGGGUCGGCCUGUGGCUUCCACGUGGAAGAGGACUGCCUGCGGAUCCCUUCCACCAAGCGCGUGUGCCUCCUGGGGAGAUCCAGGACCUACCCGAGCGCCGCAGAAGCCGCCGUCGACCAGCAGAGGACCCAGUACAUCAGCCGCCGCCGGGGCUGCAAUGCAGGCCUCCCUGCCCCGGGGCCCGCCCCUGCCCCGCCCCGGGCUGAGGCUGGCAGCGUGGGCGUGGACUGCUGCCCCCGCGGUCCUCCCGACAGUCCCGGAGCCCUGGAGGCUGGGGCCGAGGGACGCUGGCUGCCUGGGUUUCACCCCCGAGACAGAGCUGAGCGCGUGAGGAACUGCACCGCCCUCCCGAGGGAGUUUGUGGACCAGGUGGUUUUGCAAGUGGCAAACCUGUUGUUGGGCGGAGAGCAGUUAAGCCCAGGAAGUCCUCGCCGCGGGAGUCCGCAGACCUGGAACCGAGGAGCGAGCCUUUCCCUGGCGGAGGUUGCGGGCCAGCUGGACCGGGAGACCCUGCAGAGGCUGAAGCGGGAGUGCGGCGGCCUGCAGACGCUGCUGCGGAACAACCACCAGGUGUUCGCAGUUCUGAACGGGCGCGUGCACUUUCGAGACUGGAGGGAAGAGAAGCUGCAGGAGGAGAAGCAACCGGAAGCCAAGCGCAGGCUGCUGUCCACGGCGUUCAAAACCCGCCUCUGCUGGUUCUUCUCACACCACCCCGAUGGCUGCGCUCUGCCUGCAGGCUGCUGCCCCUUUGCCCACGGGCCUGGGGAGCUGCGGCCGCCCCCGGCCUCCAAGAGGAAGAAGCAGAUUCUGUGAGCAUCAGGCUCAGGGGGUCCUGCCCACUCCUCUGCCCCCAGGGGACCUGCCCUCCUCUGCCCUGCAGUUCCAGGGCUGGCGGUGCUCAAGCCACUUGCCUGCCGCCUGCCAUCAGUGUGGCGGGCAUCACACUCUAGGGACAGAAGCUGGAGAAGCUGAAGGCCCUCGGGCCCCACCCCCACCCAGGUCGGGGCUCGUGUUAAAUGAGGGAGCUGACAGGCAGCGCCUUUUAUCCGAGUGUGAGGGUCUCCAGCGUCUUGGGGGUCAGGAGACGGAGGAAGUGCUCGAGCCGGCUCUUUGGGCACCGCCCAGCCCAGGGUGCCCGUGUGUAACGGCAGGGUCACCUGGAAGUGCCCGCUGCCCCCGGAGACCCCUGGGGACCAGUGGCCAGGGAGCCGCCCUCUCCUGCCCUGCGGCGUCUUGCCAAGUACGGACACUUCUUUUGACUCCAGGGGAAGGUCCUCACGUGUUUCUAUUAAAUUAUUUUUACAGUUUUACACACAA